AUGUGGAAAUUUCGUCAGUCGCAUACAAUUGGUGUUCUAUUAAUAAUAACAAAUGCAGCAUACUCCGUAGUAUUACUAACAGCAAACAUAGAAGACGUGAGAAAUAUAGCAAGAAAAUUCGUCUCAGCUUCAGAAGCUGAUAAGCUAACUCAGUUCAUUGCGGAAGCAAGCGUUAUCAAACCAACAAAUAUCUCAGCAGACAAUAAACAAAACGAAAAAAAUGUCUUAGAUCGAGAAUGGAACACGUAUCAUUAUCCACCAAAAGACUCAUUUUCGAGUAGUGAUGAAAAUAUUAAAAUAAUUAAAGGUAAUAGUAAUCUUGAUUCUGCUAAUAAUGAUGAAGAACAGGCUACAGGAAGUAUUCAAUUUCUAAAAGGAAAACACCGAGAUAUCAAUUUAAAUAAACCAAAGAAGGAAAAAGAUUUCGGUUACGAAUAUGGUCUUAAACAAGAAAAUUUGAAGACACCGAAAUUUGAAUGGAAGAAGGCGGAAAACUUUGACUUCCCCCCUUCAUAUAAUACAAACUAUCUUAGUAAUUUAAAUCCAUAUUUAGACAAUUCACAAACAUUUCCAAUUGAAGACAAUGGAAAUUUUGAAAUAAGUGCCGAUAGUGAAAUGUAUUCAUUGGAAAAACAUAACAAACCAUUAGGAUCGCCUUAUGAAAGACCUCAAAUAGAUAUGGAACAAUCUAUAAAGGAAAUAAAUAUUUCGACGGAAAAUCCAUUAGAAACGGAUACGCUAAAGUAUACUUACACAGAAGAAACAGGUUCAACUAAAUUGAAUUAUCUUUAUAGUAUAUUUGAAAAAACAGAAACACAGACCGAAGAUAAUAAUAAAAUUAAAAACUCUAAUUAUUUAAAAAAUGAUAUUUUAGCCACCAGUGAACGAACCGAACUUUUUAAGCCUUCUACCGAACUUAUAGAUUCAUCGGAAGAAGAUUCAUCAAAUAAUGAUAAUAAGAACUAUUUACAAAAAGAUGAAAGCGACACUAAUUACGAAUUAGAUUUAAGAAACUAUUUAAAAAGAAUAGUAAACGAAAUCAAGGACGAAGAAAGCCGUCGUAUUCAGUAUAGAGCUACAGAUGAUUUGAAGGAUGACAAAAACAUUAUUGAAUUAAAAUCAAACGAUAAAAAAUUUGCACCAGAUACUAAUUUAAGCGAUAUGGAAAAAGAUAAUGAAUACGAAUUAUUAUCCAAAAAGUAUAGUUCUAGCGAAAUUGAUACAGAAAAUGAAUUUGAAAAUAAUAAUUUAGGUAAAACCAGUGAAGAUAUUAUAACAAGGGAAAAAAAUCAAAAAAGGGUUUUAGUAAGAGGCUAA